UGCACGUACAGCGGAGACUCGAUUGCCCCUCUCUCUUCACCGUCACUCUCAUUCAUCCUUUUUCGCUCUCUCUCUCUCUCCUUCCCUUCACCUCUCUCUCUCUCUCUCUCUCUCUCUCUCUCACUCUGCCUAUCUCCGCUCUCCCCCGUUUCCAGUCAUUCACAAUCGGAGGGCAGCUCCACCUGCUACCAGAUCUCUAUUUUUAGAAGAUUGAAGAACCAUAUUUCCAAACGGAGUCAACUGAGCAUCAGAGCGUGUGGCAGCAAAACUGGCUGAGUGCUUCAUGAUGGGAAACGUAAGGCUGGCAAGGCAGAGGACUUCCUCAACAGUACAUGACAUAUCACAGCUGCACUCUUUGAUAACCCAGUUCUGCAUUUGAUGGCAUCAUUCUGCUGUAAAGGAAUAAAGAAAUCAAGUGACAACUAUGAGUCAUGUAUACUAAGGUGGAUACAAUUUGAAAGGAUUCACUCGCAUUAAACCAUUAUCCAGUUAAUGAUUUGACUUCAAAUCUGUAGCCUGGCAUAGGCAGACACAUCCCACUUGACUACCCGAGGCCGUUCUUCCAUUUUAUGGAGGCCUUGCAUAGUUGCAUGACGACUGGGGAGCAGUCUGGAGGUCAAGAUCAUCGUCUGCCAGAGUCUGCUCCCCGACGCUCCCAGUCUAAGUCUCCCUCCAAGCCAAGUGAGCAACAGCAAACUGGCUCCCGAAAGCCCCAUGGCACGCAACAGCAAAACAAACAGUCCAGAAGACAGCAUCAUGAACGUAAACGUCUCCGUCACCAGCGGCAGAGCAUUGACUCAGAAACUGCACCGGAGCCUAAACAUGAGGCAACAAAAGCCACUACAGUUUCAUCAGGAGUCCCACCAUCCUCAACAGGUGGACCCUCCCAGUCGAAAACAGAAACCCAAGAGGGCACUUCAAAACAGAAACGUGAGCGUAAGCCUCAGAGACCAGGCAAAUAUGUCUGCACUUAUUGCGGCCGUGCAUGUGCAAAGCCUAGUGUCCUACAAAAACAUAUUCGCUCUCACACAGGUGAAAGACCGUAUCCAUGUGCCCCAUGUGGCUUCUCUUUUAAGACAAAGAGUAACCUGUACAAACACCGCAAAUCCCAUACACACAGGGUUAAGGCAGGCUUGGCUCUUGAGCCGAAGUCGCUGGAAGAGCAAGUCACUGAAUCAGAAGAUGAAACCAAACAGCUAUCAUCAGCAUCUUCCCUUACAGAAAGACAGAGCAGUGUAGCCUCAAUCACGAGUCCUGAAGCAGACAGGGCCAAAGAGUGCACUGGAGGAAGCGAUGACUCCUACGCUGUUAAAAAGAGACUGGCUCUUCGUCUAAGUAGAGGAAAACAAGGUCCUUGUGACUCAUCUGUUGAAAAGACCUCAACUCUAAUUUUAGGGAGUAAAGGUAGUACAGAAUCAGGCUAUUUCUCUCGCUCUGAAAGUACCGAUCAGUCACAGGACAGCCCCCCAAACACAAGUGCCAAAAGCUAUGCAGAGAUCAUCCUCGGCAAGUAUGGACGUUUUGGUCAUCUACAGAGGAUGUCUCGGCAACGUAACCAGCAGUCCUCUGGUCAGGAGGACAAAAAUAUCCCAUUCACAGUCCCGAAGAAACAGGUCAUUGACCAUAUCACCAAACUUAUCACUAUCAAUGAGGCAGUGGUGGACACAAGUAAAAUUGACAGUGUAAAACCAAGGAGAUUUUCACUGUCAAGAAAGAAUAGUUCAGAGUCUCAAAAGAGUUCAUCCAUGAAAGACCCUCUUAUUCAUAGCCCUAAAGCUGGAGAUCUGGGCUACAAAAACAGUGGCUCCAUCACCAUGGGAGUUCCGUGUGAGAAGUUUCAUCAUCCGUCUGUUAACGUGGAGCAAACAGCUGGCCAAACAUCAAAUUCCUCUUUGGUGCGAAGUCAUUCAAUGCCCUCUGCAGCAAGUACUUUUGACUCCUCCAGUAGUGACCCAAGCAAACUCUUCCCAAGUCAGUCCUUUGAUGAAAGAACUCAUGCAUCCCGUCGUUAUGGGAUGCUUAGACGGCAGCCAGCUAUUGAAAUCCCACUUGGUGCUGAGUUCACUAAAGAUGAACAAGAGGCCUCUCAUUCGUUUUACCAUGACAGCAUAACCACUGUGCCUGACCACAAGCAAAGUCAUCCGCAACCAUAUGAGUGUGAAGCCUGUGGGACUGGGUGCAAAGAUUGGGAAGGUUACAAGAGACACAAGCAAAGCCCUUGCUUAAUACAUAAUCCCAAAAAUGAGGUUGUAAUUAGUCAAAUGGAGUGCUCCCAGUUAUUUAACCACAUUCAAACAGGAACUUCAGCAUUGCGCAAGAGAAGAAAAGAGGAAAGUUUUGAAUUUGAUGACCAGUCUUCUCCUUCAUUACCAUUUCCUGCCCCCUUGACAGGACAAUGUAAAGAUGAAGGCAAUGUAGCCUAUGAGGGCCAAAGAAGACCUACACUGCAGACCUGUUCUGUAAUUCAACACACUAGUUCAUUUGAAAAACAAGAAUCAUUGUGCAAUGAGAAUCAAGGUAUAGAGGCAGCAAGAAACUCUCCAGCUAGGGAAGAAUAUCAACUGGUUCCCCAGGUGCUACCCCAACAACAGAUAGCAAAACCGACAACCCGAAAGCUGGUUCGCCAGCCCAGUGUGCAGGUUCCGGAAAUACUGGUAACAGAGGAUUCCAAUAUGAACACAGGGGCAGGGAAAGAUGCAACUUCCCAAGCAAAACAUUCAGAGAAACCUGAUGAAUUUCAAUGGCCUCAGAGAAGCUCCUCACUUGCCCAGCUACCUAUUGAAAAGCUUCCUCCAAAAAAGAAGCGCUUACGUCUAGCUGAGGCCGCCCAGUCCUCUGGAGAAUCCAGCUUCGAGUCCAUCUCCAUGCCCCACAGCCCUAGUCAGGACAGUACUGCAUCCUAUGCAUCAAGUCGUUCCACAUCCUUUGAAGAGCCAAAUAGACCAGACAUAGAGAUAGCAUCAGCAACACCACUGAGGAGAUCAAGAGCUCCUCAUAUGUUGACAGUUCCUGGGGUACAUCAGCACAGAGAAAUGAGGCGCUCAGCAUCUGAGCAGGCACCUCAUGACCCACAACCCAAUUUCCUAAUGGCAGAGUCACGCAGCAAAUCCUUUGACUACAGUUGUUUGUCCCCUGAGCGCUCUGCAGUUGGUUGGAGGGACAGAAGAAAAUGUCUCCUUAUGAGACACACAACUGUUCAAGAUCCAGAUGAGGAGGAGGAGGAGGAGAAGAAGUGUACUAAAACGAGUCGUAGCCCUGAUCAUUGCAGCCCUAGAAAAUGUUCCCAAGCAAGUUCAACUCCUGUGUACUGCAGUAGGUCCCCUUCAUCCCCUUUGUCAGGUGACACAGCCUUGCAAAAUCCCGUAAAAUUGCAAUGCAAAGAGCUGUUCUCUCAAUGGAAACUCAGUCAGAAUAUUCAGUUGACAGGCAACACAGAACACUCUCUUGCCAAGUACCCAUCUGUAGACCCUGUAAAAGAAGAGGAUAUCCAUGCAGGGGAUCCCCCUCCCCAAUUACCACAUCUCUAUCCUAAACAUGGACCAUCUGGGGCAGCUAGAGCUCGCUAUCUUCCCUUAUCUACAGGGCUGAAGCUAGAGAUUCCUUUACUCCAUGAUGAUUACUCAGAAGUUCAAGUAAGCCACUCCAACAUCCAGAACUCUGUCCCUCAAAUCACUUCCUGUCUAGAAUUACUGAGGCCAGUCACAUCUCCAGCAGUAGCAGUGCGUCUCCAAACAGACACCCUCACCCUAGCAUGUGCCAUAUACACUACAUUGUCUCAGUCCAAGUCCUCCAGGUCCCAAGAGAAGGUUGAUUCUCUUCCACAGACUAUGGUUAUCCCUACAGCUGAAUACAGAGACAGUAGAUACAUAAGUUCUGGCCUCCAUUUCUGGUCUGAUGAUGGCCUGAGGAUAUCAGGCUCAGGAGGCAAUAAGCGCAUGCUUUCCCCUUCAAACAGUAUAGAGAUCCCUCCUGAGUCACAGCAGCAGCAGAAACGGGUAAAAGAAGAAGAGGAGAGGGAGGUGGGAUUUGUUGAUAAGGCAUUGGUGGAACCAUGCAAUCAGGAACUCAAACGGGAAGUUCAGUCAUGUCUAGCUAGUGUUUGUCCACCCAUCACACAUGUUGGACCCACAUUCCCCAGUCUGCUAUCCAGCACCUGUAAUAGCUGGUGUUAUUUGAACUACAUUAAACCAAACCCAUCUACUUUGGAUGAACACAAGCCCUCAGUGUAUUCAUCAUGGUCCACUAGCAGCUAUGACCCCAACCCACCCGGCCUCUCCAGCAAGACGGCUCUCUCUCUGCUGCACAGUAAACAGAGGCUCAGCCCCACCAUCUACACUACUUCACCCAUGUCAGUCAGGAGGACAGAGUCAGUGGAGCAAGAGGACAACAAAAGACCAUGCUCUACUGAGGUUUACAACAGCCAGUCGUACUGCGGAGACCAGGAGGGAUCGAGGAAGGGACAGCGGUCAGCGGGUGACAUCAGGUCAAACAGAAAAGAGGAGAAGGACAAAGAGACGAAUGAGGAGGAAGAACCCUCAUGCUCCAGAGAAAAUAAACCUUGUGAUGUGUGGAUCUCUAAGAGAGAUCGUCCUAAAGGAGUGAGUCAUCCUCACGCCUGCUCGCUCUCUCCUCUCUGUCUGAACAGUCUGUCUGAGGGACAAAAGGACAGAACUGAUGCAGCGGCGUCGUCGAACAUUGCCUUCUUUUCUUGUCGGCUGAGGAAAGAAGCAUGCUACCGGUCAAGGUGGAGGUGGAGGCAGAGCCAAUGUGAUGAUUGUGUUCUGCAAAAGGGAACCCACGGCGUCACACAAUCAUCAUCAUCAUCAUCAUCAUACACCUGCAAACGCUGUAAAGUUUCUCUGACAGCCAAAGGAAUCUUGGAUGAAUCUUCAGUCCAGCCACAAACCCAAAAAGAGCCAAAGCUCUCCGACUCAGGGCAAAGUGGACAGAAUGUGGAUGACGAUGCAAAAAACACAGACUGCAGAUGUGAAGACAAUGGGAGCCGGGUGUCUGAAGGCCUUCACACGGCUCCCUCUGAAAGAGAGAAACCUCACACAGACCUCCAGCUGAUGGAGCCUGAACCCCGCAAAGCCGUCCCACCUCCCCCCAAGGAUUCCUCCGAGAAGAGCUCGGCCAGCGCCAGGAGGGCCCUGUUUGCCCGCAGACGUCUCGAUGCUUCGGCAUCAACAUCCUCUGGAGGCUCCCAAUCUCCGAGUACUCAACCCCUGAUUCCAGCCAAGGAGCCGUCUCCGCCUCGCAGCCCGUCACCCAGGCCUCUCCAGGACCCCCUUCCUUCUUCCUCCCUCUCCCCAUCCAGUUGUCAUGUCUCAUUCUCCACUUUGAAACCGGUCUCACCAGUUACAGGUCUUUCUCCCAUAAUAGUUCAGUCCCACGGUCCUGAAUCCUCUGGGCCACCAGGUUCUCUGCCGAACACCUCUGCUCGAUGUUACGGCUUUCUUCACCCAAGAGGUCGACCGUCUACAACAAGACUGUCUAUGGAUGAGGUCGGUCUGACCCACAUCACCCUGCAUCCCACUCGGCCUCGGGGAGCCCGCAACCUCCUGAGUCACCUCCCUCUGCACUCCCAGCAGCCGAGCAGGGCCCCGAGCCUCCUCAUUCCCAUCGGUGGGAUUCACAUGAUUCAGCCCAGGUCCCCCCUCCCUAUGUACAGCCUGGUGAGCAGCCCCCCAGCAGUCCUAAGGAACCCUGCAGGGACAGGGACAUCCUGGAGACUAAGUGACACUCCAAAGGGGAGGUUUUCUCUGCUGGAGCGACAGGAUACUCUCAAAGAGACGUCGCCGGACCCCGAGGCGUUAGAGGGAACGUCCAGGAGCAGCUUAUCUGACACUUUACUACCCAGUCAAAGAAAGAGUCAGGGAUGCUUCAGCGUCCAAAAACAAAAAAGUGCCGGGACUGAGACGAGGCUUCCUGAGGUAGACGCAGACGCACAUUUUACAGACAGGUGUGUUUACCGCAAGCCCGCCGUAGGCCAAAUAAAGGCUCCUUCCUCCCAAACACAACCGUGA